AUGACUGGCGAGAAACGAGGCCCGAUAGGAACAAAGUCGAUCAGCGCCUCGAUGUCGUCCACUAUAAGAACGUUAAGCGGCGAUUUGUAUGCGUCUCUGAAAGUGUUGUCGAUGAACUGCACUUUGGCAGAUUCAGACAUCCCGAUCAUCUCGUCAGCGGUGAUGAUUCGAAUGAACGGGAACUUGGACUCCAAGCCCAAAUAG